GAAAACAACGCAGACAUCUGGUGAUUUGGGCCUUGAUCUGGGCCCUGCUUGGUGCUGUUUCCUGUGGCCUUUCUGCCGGUCUGGCACCUGAAUGUGUCGACCCGGUUCCACGAAGGACUACUUCACACCAAUUGUGCCAUCAGAAGUGGCAUCUGGGCAAUUUUACCUGUGACACCUAUUGCUGUGGUUCCCCUACUGUCGAAUCCAGUGGAGAUGUAUGUGCUGUAUGCGACCACCUUGGAAAUUGCCAAAUGCGCCCUUGUGCCGCAGCUGGUAGUCGCCUGGAAUAUGUCUUCGAAAGGAUUGGCCAGUCCAUUGGAUUUGUUGCAGUCUGGCUAGGGAUCGUGCUGGUCCUCCUCUUCUCUCGUGCAGCUUUGAGAGCAAACGGAGCCGAGAGACUGAUGCUCUUGAAGAGUACCUCUGCCUUUGUCCUGGUCGUGUUCUUCAUGCUGGUGCUCUUUGGGGUCUAUCUAUACACUGAUUGCCACAAUGAGUUUCGAGGUAUUGCAGAUGUGUUGUUAGCCGUGGGUUUCUUUUGCGUGUUGAGUUCUUUCCAACUGUUCGUUCGUGCCUUCUUCAUACAUUUCGCGAUUCCGAAGUUGGAUGGGCUCUUGGAUAUGGUGGCGGAAGCGGGAAACUGCAGGGACCAGCGGAACCUGUUGAUCCUGGAAGUUCGAGAAGAGACCUUGCGAAGCUUUUGGGAGCAGCAACUCCAACAAGAUCCGGCAUAUGUCCGGAACGUCCAGCUGAGUUGCCCGUGGCUGACCUACUGUUCAUGGGUCCUGUUGCCAGUGAUUCCCUUGUUGUUCAUCUAUGCCUAUGGUGCAAGGGUCAGCCUGUUCCUGGGCGCGCUUUGGCUCCGACUCUGUGUCUUUAUUGCUCACUUCUACCUCUUGAUGCUUCCCAGAGUUCAGAAGUGGUUCCACCAGCAACGUGUGAAAAAGCAACUGGCUAACGUGCCGCCACAACUCUCGGUGGUUCUUUUCCACAACAACAAAGCUGAAAGCAAAGUGAUUUCAAACGCGAUGACAUGAAGUCUUGACCAGCCUGCCCCGCUCAAUGACCUCAAGCUAAUGUCGGCAGCAUUCUUUUCAGAGACCAAUGUCCUUCUUCAACAUAGUCCGGGCAAUGGAGAUAGGAUGUUUACAAGUGUCAUCACUCGCAGCAGUAUUUUGCAGAACAACAACAGCUGGCAGCUGUGCUUUGCGAGGUCCUUUCGACAAUCAACACAGACUCUGCUUCAGACAGCUAGGACCGAGGUGGAAGGGAUGCAUUUCUUCCCCUUGGAAGAACAGGAUGUGCAGCGGGCACGCGCAUGGCUGCCAGCCACGAAGUGUUCCACUUUGAAGAAGGUGACGCACGAGGAAGUGCAGAGCAAUGACGCAGAAUUGGCAGCAAUAUCCAGCAACCUUCAUGUUGGUGAUCGUGCUGGGAUCGUUUCAUCAUGUCGCAGUCCAAAGGUCUGCGCGAUAAAAUCAGUUGGCGUCCUUCUGUAGGAUUUGCCACGGAAAAUGGAUUGUGAGAUCCAGGUUUUCUUGUGACAUGUCUCAAAAGCA